AUGCCUACCCUCUCCCAGGAGUUCAAGAUUCGUGGUAUCACUCGCGAUGCAUCUAAGCCGGUGGCUCAAGCUCUCGUGAAACAGGGCGUCGAGGUCAAGACCCCACUCAGUCUUGUGACUACCCCGGACUGGGGAAAUGCCGGAUCCGAUGCUGAACUGGUACAUGGAAAGAAUGUCGCCGAUGCAGCAAAGGAGGCUGGCGUGCAGCAUCUGAUCUUCUCAUCUUUGCUCAACGUCACAGAGACAUCGGGUGGUCGGCUCAAGCACGUUCCUCAUUUUGACCAGAAGGCAACGGUCGAGUAUAUCCGGUCCGUUGGCGUGCCAGCCACCUUCGUUCUGCCAGGUUAUUUCAUGACCAAUUACACCGUGUUUAGGAUGCUGCGUAAGGGCGAUGAUGGUGUUUACAAUUUGGCCGACCCUGUCGGCAAGGACGCUCAUUUCCCGCCCAUUGACAUUGCUGGCGAUAUGGGCAAAUACGUGGCAGCGGCCUUGAAGAACCGUUCCGAGGUUCUUUGCCUUCAGCUUUUGGCAGCGGCAGACUAUUACUCCCCUACGCGUAUCCUUGCCGCUUUUAUCCCUGGUCCGCUAGGACAGGAGAUGUUGGAGAAUCACUUGUUUUCUGAGAACCCGGGUUAUUUCAACGGCAAGAGUUUGAAGGAGAGCUACGCCCUGCUCGAAAAGUCUGGUUACCGAGUGACGAGUUGGGAGGAUUUCUUGAAGCAAUGCAAAGACUCGCUUUAG